AUGCACAGACCAGUCGCACCCAACACGUGUGUAUCGUCUUUAAGCGGUCGAAAGUGGGUCCAAGGGGAUGAGGAUGAAGCCAUUCCCAAGCUUGCCGACACCAGCAUCCCCGCAAACGCAAAUCAGCUAGUCGCGUCACGACAGACGAUGGGUGGGAAGUCGUGUAACGUCAUAGCUAAUUUUAAAAUUAUCCGCCGUCGGAUCAUCUUCAGUUGGACCGAUCGGGUCCGAGUAGAUGGCUUCGGCACGAAUCAGGUCCAUUGGGUGCUCGGACUGAAUGAUGAACGCGUUGAUCGCGUUGAGAAGGGAAAGCGCCUGAAGAGUAUUCAGUCCAAAUUUAAAGAGAUCAGUAUUAUCCGUGAGGUCGUCAACUCAGUGGUUCUCGGCAAGCGUCUCGUAUAUUAUUUGGCACAGCUGCCCAACGGCUGUUUUCUUCGCGUGGCCGUUCGCUCCAUUUACGACGCCGUUGGGUUGUGCGACCUGAGCGCUCGUUCCAUUCGGAGCAGUAACGGCACCAUUGGCGGCACUAUUGACGAUCCCUCCGGAGAAGCUACUCCUUUCGUAGUCGUGGGAACCUUCGGUUCGUGCGCAGCAGAGUGA